CAGCAGCAGUGAAGGUGUGGCUGAUUAGUGAUUACUGAUCACGCCUUCUUUUUAAAUGAGAACGAUCAUGAAUGUCCUGUGGUUGCUGAUUCUUUUUCUGCUACAUGUAUCUGCUGUCUUGUCAGAAGAAGAGCUACAAUUUGUAUCUGUGGUUAUACGUCAUGGAGCUCGCUCACCGGUCGAAUCCUAUCCGGCGGACAGGUAUCAAGAAGAUUUUUGGCCUCAAGGGUUCGGACAGCUUUCGAUUAAAGGCAUGAGGGAAGAGUAUCAUUUAGGUACAGUGUUCAAGUCGAGGUACUUGGAUACAGGAUUCAUGGACUCUGGAUACAAUAGAUCACAAAUAUAUGUACGCAGCACUGAUUAUGAUCGAACGCUUAUGAGUGCACAGUGUGUUCUUGCAGGAAUGUAUCCACCAGGGGAAAAUCAAAUGUUUGAUCCUGAUCUGGAAUGGCAACCUAUACCAGUUCAUACUACUCCACAAAAAUAUGACAGUCUAUUGAAUGUGGCAAGUUGUCCCGUCUAUGACAAAUUGAUGGAUAAAGACAACAAUACUUAUAAACAAAUACAAGAUGCCAAUCAGGAACUCUUUGAUAAUCUUACAGAAUGGACUGGAGAGGACAUAAAUGUUAUUACAGUUGGGCUUCUGAAGGAUGCUCUUUUUGUUGAGUAUCAUGAUAACAAUUUGACAAUGCCCGAGUGGUUUUCACCACAGCUACUAACAAAACUUGAGUCAAUUGAUGACUCACUGUUGAGGCUGAUGUUCAGCACAAAAUGCAAGAGAAAGCUAACAGGAGGAGUAUGGACGAAUCGAGUGUUGAAGGAUAUGCAGAAUAAAGCCACUGGAGUCAUGCCAGACAUGAAAAUGGUGCUCUAUUCAGCACAUGAUACCACAGUAGCUACUAUGUUAAGUGUCUUUGAUAUGUUUGAUGGUAAACAGCCUCCAUAUUCUGCUGCCUUUGCUGUUGAGCUUUAUUCCAGUGGAAGCAGUAAAAAUGACUUUUUUGUGAGGUUUUAUUAUCACAACGAAACAGAUAGUAAUGAUUUUGUUGAAUUAACUCAUCCAAACUGCAGCAAAGAUUGUCCAUUGGAAAAACUGAAACAAAUCAUGGCCCCUUACCGUCUAACUGAAAAAGAAUGGUCUUCAUCUUGCAGUACAACUACAGCUCCAACUUCUUCUCCAACUUUAGCUCCUUCAAAUGAUAUUGAAAUGUGGUUGGUUAUAGCUCUCUGUAUCACCUCUGGCAUACUAAUUCUCCUCAUACUUAUAUUGCUUGCUUUUAUGACAAAGGUAUGUUGCUGCGGAAGAAAGAAAAGAAUGUAUGUUGCACUUAACAAUCAAGACACUGAAGCUACAUAAAAUAAAUAAUUUAUUAUUAUUGUAAAUAUUAUUUUCAGGUUGAUUAAAAUUGUUAUCCUUUUUCCUUGAUGUUAUUGUCAUUGCUCAGUUUCCCCUUAUAA